AAAUAAAAAAUAAAAAACUUCCUAGAGAAGGCAGCAAAGUAGCAUCAGAGAGUUCCAGGGGCGUGGGGGUGUUUUGGGCACCCCAUGCAGGCAGGAGAGCUUGCAUGCAUCUAUGUGUGUGGGGGGGAGGAAAGAUACAAGGUUUCAGCACAGUAGUGUACAAUCUGGAUUAGUUGCAUUUACAUUUGCACCAAGAGGGGUGGGGAGGGAGAGCAGCGCAGUGCUGACAACAAGACGAAGGUGAGAAAAGUCGUUCCUUGCCCUGAAGCAGCUUCAGAGUGGAAUCUGCAAAGAAACUUUUACACCCAUAUCAGAGAACAGGGUGGAGUCUUGCUACUGGAGCUCCAUCUGACAACUCCAAUGCUGCCGAUACCCCAACCCAGUUAAAUCCCGAAACGGAGAAAAACAGCUACAGAAGAAAAACUGGAAAGGCAAGUCAACGCACUAGGUGGAAAGACCCACAGAUCAGGUCAAAACAAGAUAAGAAAGCACCAGCCCUCUGCUCUGUUGACAUAACCUCAAGGCUAGAGAGAAAAGGACGUUGGGUAAAGAAUUGAGAGGAAUCAGGAGAUUCCAGACCACUGAUAAGGCGAGAAUUAGCCAAACAACCCCACUGACUUUGCUUUUUUUAUUUUAUGACUUAAAAAUACUUUUUGUAGGAAAAUCUUUGCUCUAUAGAUUGAAGGGGCUGGGAACAUACAUUUUCUAUAAUUCCAUCAGGCUCUUUUUGCAAGCUAGUGUUCUGUCUUUGUUUUGUUUUGAGUUAAAUCUCUCCCCUUCUUUCUAGCUUAUUGUUACUUUUCUACACUCAGAAAAGCAUUGAGACGCCAGUUGCAGACACACCUUUUUUUAUUUUUUAAAGGUGAUUUUGAGCUAUAAUUAUCCAAAGUGUGUACACACACACACACACACACACACACACACACAGAGAGAGCAGGUGGAAUAUUGCAUUUCAUCAAUGCUGAGUAAUUGAAUUUAAAACAGGAAAGGAAGAGGGAUUGGGAUUAAUUUGCUUUGAGGAAAUUGAUCAAUAAGGGAUAGGCCAGGGAUCAGUUUGGAAUCAGUUUUUUUGGGGAGGAGGAGACAUUUAAAAAACCAACUUUCAUAGAAACUUCAAAGUGCCUAACAAAGAUUUUUUUUUUUUUUUUUAAUACCUUGGAUUGACCAAGCAGAACUAAAUAGAUUCUGGAACAAGAAUUAGACCGUUUUAAAAGGAGCUAUUUAUUAUAAUCUUAUUCUUUUUAGAUAUACUUUUUUUAUUAAUUUGAACAAAUUUAAUGGGAAGGAAGGGGAAUCUAAAUUAAUAGACAGGAAGAGGAAAGUGCUCUGAACCUGAUAAAUGAAUAAGAGUUCCUUUUGCUUAAAACACACUAGUUUUAUAUCCUUGAAAGGAACAUAGUCCUUGAUUGUUACUGGACAGACUUGACGUGUUUGUAAAGGCUAGGUUGAGACGUGGGGAUUUUUUUUUUUUUUUUUUCAGAAGCAGGUUGUGGUGGUUGUUGUUGGUUACCCCCCUCCAGUCGUGUUCAGUGGAAUCGGCUUCCCUGAGAAUUUGUAGAGUCAGGGACGGGAGCGAAAUACGUGACAGUCAGACUGCAGCGGAAAGUGAACCGGGAUUGCAGCUGGCGCUGCUUGCCGGAGAGGGACCAACCCGCGCGAUCUGCUCCCUGCCCCGGUGAAUGUACUAAGGACACCGAGGGGCACUGUGGAAGGGGUUUUGUCUGGGCCAGAUGGAGCCCCGACUCGAGCAGGUGGAUCCCAUGGCUACGAAAGGGGACGAUGUAAACACGGAAGUCACCACACCUGAAAUCUGCCAAGCCCCUCUGGGGCUAGAGGAGGACGCUGCUGGCAUGGGGGAUGAAACCCAAGCGGCAGCAGGGCAAGGCCGCAUGCUGAAUGGGCAGGGGCUAGGAAGCCCAAAGGGGAUUGGGGUAACGCAUAGCGAGGAGGCUCCUUCUGGGCAGGGCAGCUCGAGCUGCCAGCAGGCCACAGGCCGGGAGCAUGAGGACACCCCGAGGAAGGAUCCGUCCCCGAGAGCAGAGCCCAGUGACGAAGCCAGGCAGCUGGAGCGUGGGGAGCCAGAAGGAAGAGCGGAUCCCAAAGAGAAGCAGCCUCCCCCGAGCGGGAGCAUCCAAACGGGAGGCGUCGACUCCCCGCCGGACGACCCCAUCUCCAGCCUUAGCCCAGGCGCCGCAGAGCAGGCGUCUGACGCCACCAAGGCCCGGCCCCCAGCCGGCGAGCCCGAGCCUGACUUCUACUGUGUGAAGUGGAUCAGCUGGAAAGGGGAGAGGACACCCAUCAUCACCCAGUGUGAGAACGGGCCCUGCCCACUCCUGGCCAUCAUGAACAUCCUGUUCCUGCAGUGGAAGGUGAAGCUCUCCCCCCAGAAGGAAGUGAUCACGUCGGACGAGUUGAUGGCGCAUCUCGGCGACUGCAUCUUAUCCAUCAAACCCCAAGAGAAUUCAGAAGGGCUGCAGCUCAACUUCCAGCAGAACGUCAACGAUGCCAUGAUGGUCCUGCCCAAACUGUCCACGGGGCUCGACGUGAACGUGAGGUUCACGGGCGUCUCCGACUUCGAGUACACCCCGGAGUGCAUUGUCUUUGAUCUCCUGAACGUCCCGCUGUACCACGGGUGGCUGGUGGACCCGCAGAGCCCGGACGCGGCCCAGGCCGUGGGCAAGCUGAGCUACAACCAACUGGUGGAGAAGAUCAUCACCUGCAAGCACUCGAGCGACCCCAACCUGGUCACCGAAGGCCUGAUCGCCGAGCAGUUCCUGGAGUCCACAGCCACCCAGCUGACCUACCACGGGCUGUGCGAGCUCACGGCCGCCGUCAAAGAGGGGGAGCUGAGCGUCUUCUUCAGAAACAACCACUUCAGCACCAUGAUCAAGCACCAGGGCCACCUAUAUCUGCUGGUCACAGACCAGGGCUUCCUGCAGGAGGAGAAGGUGACGUGGGAGAGCCUGCACAAUGUGGAUGGGGACAGCUGCUUCUGUGACGCGGAGUUCCACCUAAGCCACACCCUGGGGAAGGAGGCGGCCGGCAGCUCCCCCCAGGAGCAGAGGCAGGUGGACCAGGACUACAUGAUAGCCCUGUCCUUGCAACAACAGCAGCAAGGCCCCUCUGCCCUGAGCGACCUAGAGCUUGCGCGCCAGCUGCAGCAGGAGGAAUACCAGCAGCAGCAGCAGCAGCCAGCGACGCCUCCUGCGCAGGGGAGAGCUCAGCCGUCCAGCCGGCCGGCCGGGGAACGCAGGCAGAGACACAAACAGGAGUCGGACUGCGUCCUCCUCUAGAGCUGCUCGCCCCCUGCCUACUGCUUUCGGACCCCUCGCCCUCCCCCGGUCCUGCCGCGUCACCGUAAAGACUCCCAGACGACAGCCCCUGCGGGGCUCGCCUCACCUCGCCUCCGGUUCCCCCGCUCGCCGCCCUCCCCAGCACAGGACCCGCAUCCCUAAGAACUCGGUCCUGGCUCCCGCACUGCGGGGGUGAAACCUCGGGCCGUGCUGCUGGUGUUUCCCCGGCCCCUGGCCUGUGCAUCGCAGCGCGUGGGGGCCGGGAGGGACCUCGCAGGGCAGAGUCCAGCUGGGCUGUGCAUCGCCUGGGGUUUCUCCUCGUCCCCGACGCCCUCAGCUGUACCUCGCACUUCUGAGCUCUCACCAAAGAUGCCGAGUGUUCUCCUCUCCCAGCUCACGCCGGGGCCAGGCCCGGGGCUGCUCUCACUCCUGCUGGUACCCUUUGAGCUUCCUCCCUGCAGAGCUCUGUGGUGGAGGCAGAGUUCAGUGAUCAGAGCCCCGACUCCUGGGUUCCAUUCCCAGCUCCGGGAGCGGAGUAGGGUCUAGUGUCUAGAGCAGGGUGGGGCUGGGAGCCCGGACUCCUGGGUUCCAUUCCCAGCUCCGGGAGCGGAGUAGGGUCUAGUGUCUAGAGCAGGGUGGGGCUGGGAGCCCGGACUCCUGGGUUCCAUUCCCAGCUCCGGGAGCGGAGUAGGGUCUAGUGCUUAGAGCAGGGUGGGGCUGGGAGCCCGGACUCCUGGGUUCCAUUCCCAGCUCUGGGAGCGGAGUAGGGUCUAGUGCUUAGAGCAGGGUGGGGCUGGGAGCCAGGACUCCUGGGUUCUAUUCCCAGCUCUUGGAGUGAAGUGGGAUCAGUGCUUAGAGCAGGGUGGGGGUGGCGGUGGGAGCCAGGACUCCUGGGUUCCAUUCCCAGCUCUCACCCUGACUUGCUGUGGGAUGCUGGAGCAAGUUGCUUCCUCCCCCCCCCCCCCCCCCCCCCCCCGUUCCUCCAUUUCUCCAUCUGAUAAAGCGGGGGGCGGAGGGGAGAAAAGGGGGGGAUGGGACCGGUGCACCCACUCCUUCCUCAGAUAGAAGCAGCUGUGAUGCUGUGAAAACACAGAGGCUUAUUUAACAGGGACGAAGCGGCAGCUGCCAGCCUCCCUCGGGCGGGGGCAGCUAACCCACUGAGCGUGCCAGGCAGCUGCCCGGUGCCUCUCGUGAAUUCAGUGCAGGAUCUCUGGGGCAGGGGGAGCCCUUCCAAAGGUGGAGGGACACCCGUGUGUCCCUCUCCUGCCGCAGGUGCAAGGAAUGCUCUGCACGGCCUUGACGCAGACCGGAGGAUGCAGAAGGUCCCCAGGGUGCUAGCCCAUGAGUUGCUGCCUCCUUGUUUCGAUUCUCAUGGCAGGGCGAGCGCAGAAUCUGAACAAGCACAUUUUUCCACCCCUCCCCCUCACUGCUCCUGUGUAGGAGCCGAUCCCAUCUAGUCUCCCCUUGGGCAGGCCCGAUCCUGCACUCAGCGGUGCCGCGGGGAAUUCGGCGGGCAAGGCCGUCGGCUCUAAUUAACUAAGGCAGCGUUGGCUGAGGAGCGGGGGGAUCUGUCGGGUCAGAACUCUCUGUCCAGCCCAGUGACGCGAUCUGAGCUGCAGGAAGCGCAUUGAAAUAAUUACAGAGUAAAGCACUCAGAGCGUAGGAGACAGGGGGUGAGUUUGGAUGUAAAUUCCUUGCUGGCGCUUUCCCUUAGCCCUCUCCACCAUGGCAGCGUCCUCCCUCCAGCAGGGAUGGGUUUAAACCAGGCCCUGUGGAACACAGCCCGAGGAAGGAUGGUGGGUCAUUGCCUGGGCCGAACCUCGUUGGCAUCAGCAGCCACCUAGCUGGGUCGGGGGAGGCACUCGGAGCUUUGCAAGAUGCUGAGUGAUGCAGGACACUCCUGGUCUAGCAGCAGCCAGCAGGAUUUGCAGCUCGAGGGGGGGAGAGUGCGAUUACCCCGGCUCCCGGGUGACUGCACACUGGAUCCCAGCGCCUCCCAGGGAGGAGGAGAAUUGACCGAGAUGCUUGUGGCCAUUCCAGGUCAGCGGUGUCCGAGCCCACAAAAAUGGCCAAUAUCCCACAAAAAGCAUCUCUUGUUCCCGUCCUUUUCUGGUUCUGCCCGAUCCCUCGUCCUCGUCUAGACAGCCUCCCCCCCGGAAAAGUUGCAGUGGGGAGGGGCAUGCUUAGGAAAAGGGAUCAGGGUGGCUACCACGUGUGGGUUAACCCUGCCCCGCUCCUCAUCCUGUGACGUCCCCCACCUCCACCCCGCGGGUUGAAUGGGAUCAGGAUCAAACCUCGAGGAUACGAACGACCCUUCUGCGGUAGGCGCCUGGGCACUCCCUUUGACAGGGGGCUGGGCUCUGUCCCCAAGCUCUGACUCUCUCGGGCUCGACGAGUUUUACUCUUUCUUUUCUACUCGCCGUUAUUUGUAACACUGCCUUAGACGUUUGGAAAUAAACGUGUCUUUCCCUAG